GGUUUAUACACCAUCAAUAAUUUAAUUAAUAACCCUUAGGCGAGUUACGCUGGUUGUAUCAAGAUGGAUUUCACAAGCACGCGUUGCGUUAUUCUUGUUUUUACAAUCAUGUUUGGAUUUGAUAUCGCAACGUCUCAGCUCUGUUCCCGUUUAUCGACAACCCUUCAAAAUGGAAGUGUCAAUCCGAAAUGCUCUAAGAAGGGAUGUUCUCAGAUGACAGUCAAGUGUUCAAGCUGCCACAGACUAGUUGGUCCCAAGAAAAUUAAAUGCAUUAAAGGACGAUGGGCUCCAUUAAAAAGCACAUGCAUCCGUAUUUUCUGCGAACGACCAAAGUUAGGAGCAAACACAAUAGUUUCAAGUAAUAGCACAAAAUGUGGGACAGUCUUGGAGGUAAAAUGCGCGGCUGGGUAUGGGUCCUCGCAAACAUCUAAGAUGCUCUGUAAACCAUCGAAAAAAUGGAAGGGGCAACCAUUAACGUGUUCAAGAAUUGAUGACACAUGUAGUGACCUCACCAUACCUGAAAAUGCAUUACUGGUAGCUGGUCGUCUUGGAAAAAAUAAAGCCGGGGAAACCGUAACAUUUCAAUGUAAUAACCAUUACAAAUCAUUUGGAAAAAGGACAUUAACUUGUCUAGAUGGUGGUAAAUGGAGUGGUCUACCCAUAAUGUGUAAACUGGGAGGUCGAUGUCCAGACAUUUCCAUAGGUGAAAAUAAUGGUUUAGAAGUAAUAGAGGGCAAAACAAGUAACAACAUAUAUGGCGAUCGAAUACGAUUCAGAUGUAGGCUUGGUUUAAUAUUGACUGGGCGUCCAGAGAUCAAGUGUAGAUGGGAUGGUUUCUGGACACUGGAGACGCCUAUUUGUAUAAAGCAGAACAUUACACACUGCCCUGCUUUGAGUUCUCCCGAACAUGGUUUUGUUGCGGAGGGUAAGACGACGAACAACAAAUUAGGUGACUCAGUGACGUUUGCUUGUGAUCAGGGGUACACACUGGACGGAACUCCUACAUUGACCUGUUUUAAAAGAUACAGCUUAGCUCUCCCUGGGAAUUUCACCGAUGGAUUAGUGUGGGAUAUUGCGAUGCCCGUGUGUAGAACAUCAGAUACUGGUGACUGCCCUGACCUUGUCCUACCAAAAUACGGACAAUUAAUUGGCGCUUCGCGACUCACAGGAAACGAAGUAGGUGAUCGUAUUAUUGGGGGAUGCAGGAAGCCAUACAUAAAACAAGGAGAACGGGUACUUGAAUGCUUACGUAAUGGCAUUUGGAACAAACCAAUUUUUAGUUGCCAUGCGAGUAAUGCCACGUGUCCUGACGUCAUUCUUGAAAAAGAAAGCAACCUGGUCGUACUUCGGGGAAAACUUGUCGGAAAUGUUUUCUAUGACCGAAUCAUAUUUGGCUGUAAACCUGGCUACAAAAUAAUUGAUAGCUAUUAUUAUAUGGUAUGUGAUAACACAGGAGGGUGGAGUCAACAAAUUCCAAUUUGCACUGAUUGCACAAAACCUUGUCCACCCGGGAAAAUUCUUGAUGAAAGGUGUACAACUUGUAUUUGUCCCUUUAUUAAUAUUUUUGUGUACAAUACAAAGAUGGUCCCUAUAGAUGGCGUCACCGUAUCAAGAGCAGGGACACCUGUAGAUGAAGAACUUGGACAAACGAAAAAUGGUUUGAUCAAUAUUAAAGCGUGCCCAUCAGAUAAGUUGGUGUUUAAAAAGACCAAAUACGUGGAUGUGAACAUCAUUGUUGAAAGUGAUAGAGCUGAGCCGAAUAACGUCAUAAUUGAAUCUAUGGAAUAUCCUGAAAUUGUCGAACAUCCACAAGAUAUUUAUGCUGUUAUUGGUGAUUCUAUUCAUUUCAAAUGCCGUGCAAUUGGGAAACCCAGGCCAGAAACUUACCAAUGGUACAAAAACGGAAAGAUUUUACCGGACAGUAAACACACAAGCCAGAAUCUAUUAAUAGAAAAUGUCAAGAUAGAAGAUAAAGGUACAUUUCAUUGCAAAGCGAGUUCGAAGUAUGGAUCGACUGCAUCUGAUCCUGCGGAUCUGGAUGUUAAAG